GUUACGCGUAUCGUACCACAAUAUAGUAGUGCGACGGAAGGUACAAAUGUGAAGAACAUGUGCAGCAGUACAUGUAGAAAAAAAAAAUAAAAUAAAAAAAUAAUAUGAUUGAAGUGAAUAUUGUACCCGUUGUCGUCGAUCGGAUCAACACUUUUUAGUAAAUAGCACGUGAAAGAUCCAUUAAACCACCAAAAGUGAAGACAAAAGCAACCUAUGGACUCGUAAAUUAAUUAAAUUCACAUAAAAAAAGUCGCAAUUACAUAAACAAACAAAAGAAAAAAAAAAUUAUAAAAAAAAACUAAAUUGCGCAGUACUUAAGUGGUUGCCUCGAAAAUAAAAAAAAACAGUUGAUUCAAAAGUGAUUAAAUUGCAACGAAGAUGAUGAUUUUUAAUGACAAAAAUAUUUUCUUGAGGUUUGUUCCUCCUCAUUGAUUCGCGCGGGACUUUUUUUCGGUUAAUUUUUAUUAUUUUUGAGUUAAAAAAGUGUGAUUUGUGGCACGCGAGUCGGCGUCCCACAAACCCCCAAAGUUAACGUAACAUUUAUGGAUGCCGCGGGAGGAUUACCCGUUUUCCCGAAUGCUGGCAAUCCCGGCAAUCAUUUGAAUCUGCAUAUGCAGCAACAGCAACAGAAUCAACAGCAGCUCUUCAAUCAUCAGCAGCAACAGCAAUUGCAAUUGCAACUUCAGCAACAACAGCAGCAGCUUCAACAUCAACCGGAACAGCUGAAUCCGAAACGACAGGCAGUUGUUGAUCGACUAAAGAGACGAAUUGAGACAUAUCGACGACGACAGAGCGAUUGUACGCCGCGAUUUGAACAAACGUUCUCGGGUGUUUGUGAGCAACAAACUAUUGAGACAAAUCAAUUGCAGAAAAGGUUCCUCGAAAGCAAGGCGAAACGCCAAGCGAAAAAUAAAACAGACAAAAAUAAGGCCGAUAAUUCGACGUUGGGAAGUAAUUUACAGAGCAGCGUUCACGUGCAACAAAAAUUCCUGAAAAGACCUGCAGACGAUCGCGACGGAGAUUCGUUUGAGCCUCCGCUCAAGUUGCAGCACAACGGCUCGGAGAAUCUCACGAAAUUUUCCGUGGAAAUUGUGCAACAGCUGGAGUUCACAACGUCUGCGGCGAAUUCCCAGCCUCAGCAAAUCAGUACGAACGUGACGGUAAAAGCGCUUACGAACGCUUCAGUGAAAAGUGAUGGAAGUAGCACGAAUCCGCAGCAGCAGCAAUCCGGUACGAAUCAACAAACGCAGCAGCAGCAGCAGCAACAAAACCAAUCGAACGGCAACACGAAUAAUCAAAACACGGCAAACAAUCAGCAAAAUCAUCAUCAGCAGCCAAAUGCGACACCGUCUCCGGCGGCACACAUGCACGAUCUCGGAAACAUUGUCGACUUCAAGCAGGAGCCGGACAAUGAUUUUGCCGACUUGGAGCAGUGCGCAGCGGCGCUGGAGAAAGACGUUGCAGCAAACGGCGGCCAUUUCCCCGGCUUGUCAGAUCUCAUUGGCGACGACACGGUCGAGGAAAAUGACACGUUCAAGGAGCUCAUCAGCGACUUGUCGGACUUUCAUCCCGAACUUUUGCUUAAUUUCGAGGAAAAACCCAAAAUCGAGGUGAAACUCGAAGACGGGCACAUGCGACAACAACAACAACUCGACAAUUUGUCGCUGAAAAAUAGCGGCAGUCCUCUUACUCAGUAUUCCAUGCAUGCGCCCUUCAACGAUCAAAGCAACGCGAUGAACAAGCAACAGCAGCAACGUGCUCCGUACAAUCCCAAUGGGUCUCUCAAUGAAUUAUCGCCCGCUGCCCAAACUCUCAAACACAUGGCGGAACAGCAUCAAGUGAAAAACGCCAUGAACAACAUGGGACAAGGCGGUUACGGGCGUCAAACUGCGAAUCCGAACAUGCAACAAAAUCAACAAACGCCGCAGCAGCAACAACAAGUCCCGAAUGCGGGAAAUCGCUUCAACGACAAUUCGCCAUACAAUCAGCCGUCGUUCAACGAAUAUCUCAAUACGGCGCCGAAUCCCAAUGCAAAUGCCGCCAAUGCAUUCCACAAAAACAACGUUCAGCCAUUCCCGGGUGCCGAUAUGAUAAAGCAGGAGAUGAUGGGCUACAAUGCCAACGAUUUUGAUCUCAAACGAUUGUCGCAAAUGACGAAUCAGAAGCUCGGCGGAGGCGGUUUCACGAAAAAUCCCGUGUCGAAUGGCGCUGCAGGCAACAAUCAACAGUAUUCGCCAUACGGAUCGCCCGGAAGCGGCAUGAAUGGAAGUCCUGCGGGUAAUUUUAUGCCAAAUAGGCAGCAAGGGAAUAACACGGGAGCGUCGCCGAGACCGAAUGCGGGGCAACAACAACAGCAGGGCGCGAAUAAUGUGCCGCAAGGCAACAUGACGCUGAAUAUGAAGCAAACGCAGCAGCUGAAUAUUAGUCAACAAGGACCUGGAGGGCAUGGAAUUCAGGUUUCUGCGGGACAACAUUUACAUCUGAGUAGCGAUUUGAAGAAUGGCGGCGUUUCCGUAGCUGCUCAGCAAGGCAUGUACUUUAAUCAGCAAGCCACGAACCAAAAUCAAUCCCAACCGAAUCAGCAGCAAAACCAGCAGCAGCAGCAACAACAGCACAACUCCGGUGUAAAUAAUGGCGGCAAUAGUCAUAAUAAUUCAAGUAAUAGUCAACAAAAUCAUCAGAACAGCAAUCCUAAUGGAGCUCAAAAUGACUCGUUUUCCGUGUCGCAAUCACAAAGCAUCAAUUUUGGCGGGCAAUCUCUUCGUCAACAACGCCCGAAUCAGCAUAACAACAGCCAACAGCAAAGCAAUAAUUCCGUCGUGACGCCCAUGAGCGGAGGCAAUAUCGCCACAGAUAAUUCCGCAAACGGGCUCGGAGGCAACGGAAUGAAUCCAACGAUGGGCGGCAUGUCAGCAAACGGCAUGGGAUCGAUGAACGGAGCGGCCCAAAUGAGCGGCGGCAUGAUGGGAAAUAAUCCAACUGGCAUGCAAGGCAUGGGACCCGCGACAAAUGCCGGCGGCGCAAUGAACAGCAUGAACAAUAUGUGCAUGGGAGCCGGAAAUGGCGGAAAUAUGCGAACAAAUGCCGCGGGCAUGAUGAACAACGGAAACGUGAAUCAAGGCAUGACGAAUGCUGGAGCGCCCGGAAUGAAUCACGACCAAAUGAAAUAUAUGCAACAACAACGAAUGAUGCAAGUUCAGAUGCAACAACGCAUGAUGGCGGCAAAUAAUCGAGGACCGCCGCCCGAAUACAAGGCACCCGUGCAAGGAAUGAUGAAUCAGGCGCAAAUGAUGGCAGCGCAACAUCAGGGAGGCGGCAGAUUCCCCACGGCAGCUGCAAUGAGACGAAUGAGUCAACAACCGAUUCCGCCAUCAGGUCCCAUGAUGAGAGGUCAACAUCCGAUGUAUAUGCAACAGAGAUCAAUGAAUGUCGCUGCGAGUGGUUAUGCAGGCGCACAAAGACCUCCAAAUGUGCAAGUAGGACCCGAAGGUAUGCCAAUGAGCUCGCAAGCCAAUCAGGAAUGGCGCCAAUUACUUAUGCAACAACAACAAAACAUGUCUUUCAACAAUUCUGGCGGCAAUAUGAGACCAAAUCCGAAUACUUUCAACCAAGGAAAUCCAGGUCAAAACUCCUUCCCAAUGCAAAACCAAUCAAACGCCGUAACCGGCAACAAUCCAACCAACGCCAUGCAACAAAUGAAUCCCCAUUUGCAGCAACAACUUUUGCGAUCGCAGCAACAAAAUCAAAACUCUCAGCCGAUGCAACAGCAGCAAAUGGCUGCCCAACAAAAUCCAGCCUUAAGUCAACAGCUCCAAAAUCAAAUGCAACAACAACAGCAGCAGCAGCAGCAAAUGAUGAAUCAAAUGAACGUGAUGAGCGCCAUGUCCCAAACGCAAACCAUGACGAUACAGCAGCAACAAUCUCUCGUAAACGGACAAUUUGUGGCGACGCAAAGUCAACAGCAAACGCAAACGACGACUCUCAUGCAGCAGCAGCAACAAUCCAUGCAAGUGGUCAAUAAUGCCGGAAAUGGCGGCGCAAAUUCCACAAAUAAUAGUAAUAACGUGAUUAGCAGUAGUGACUUUAACCUAGAUUUCCUCGAUUCCAGCGGGACUUUUGAAGCGCAAGACCUUCUCAACUCGCUCGACAAUGAAAAUUUCAACUUGCAAGAUAUACUUUAAAAUGGUUGUUGUAAUUUUUUUUAAAUUAUGAACUACAAAAAAAUGUAAAAUUAAUAUUAUACAAAAAUCCUAUGUACAUUUUAUAAAAAAUAAGAUUUUUUUUUAUAUAAUUUUAAGUUUUAUUAAUAUUAGUGAAAUAAUGAU